AUGCCUUCCAGAACUUCCAUCCGAAGCUUGUCCAGCUCAUCUGGAUCUCCCCCCUCUUUCCCCAGCCCCGACCUUUCCAGAAGAACAUCCUUCCCGUUCCCCACCACAGACCUCGACAACAUCCACUUCCCCCGGGCAUGGGAGGCUGCAUGGGAGGCCGCAGGCCAGUCCAGUUUCGAGCGAGCCCAGGCCUUCCUCUUCUUCUACCGCGGUGACGAUGUCGCCAUCAACACGGAACUCAGAUGUAUUGCAUCCAACCCUAAGCACAGAGAUGUCGCAUCUCUGGCUGCUGCGGUACAGCAGCGCGUUUUCAGCAACCGCCAUGCUAGCUUCAACACAAGCCCGCUCCUGCAAUGGGUGCGCUUCAUGCUCAUCAAGAGCCAAGCGCUCAUCUCUUCCAAAACCAAGCCUGUCCGCGACUUCUUCUUCGACCCUUCAGUCGGUCGCAACCUCUCUCAGCUCCCCGAGGAUUCUGUUGAAUAUCCUUAUCCAGCCGCCCCUCUCAAGGUCAUGAUCGUUGGCGGUGGUCCUACUGGUCUUGCAUCAGCAAUCGCACUGGCAGAGAAAGCCGGCACGAAGGUCGAAGUCCACGUCUACGAGGGUCGAUGGGUCCAGCAGCCCGGCAGCUCGUUCGUCAACUACCCACCAGGCGCUCGCCGCCGCGACCAAGUCGUGACUCUCCAGGACUCUGUCACCGAUCUUAUGAGCGAACGAACUAGACUCGCCGUCUUUGGUGGCUGUCCCGAGCGAGUCUGGCCAGGGUCGAGCAACCUCCAAAUCCGCAAGCUCGAAGACGGUCUCCUUCGUCGCGCUCAAGACAGCCAGUUCCGCGACCUCAUCUUUCUGCAUGCAAGCCAGGUCCGCAGGGAAAACCUCGCACAGUAUGGCGACUUCCACAUCAUGCUUGGUGCGGAUGGCGCCGGAUCCUGGCUCCGCGGUUCCUAUUUCGAGGGACAAGAGUCGGUGGUCGGCAAGAGCUACGCCCUUGGGGUGGCCUUCGACAGACCCCGAGGUCUACCUCGCUCUCAGCCUAUCAACGUCUUCCUGACAAUGGGUCAGACGCGUUAUCUGCUCAAUGCAAGCGACUUCGAUGGCACGGGAUACCUCAACAUGCAGCUUACUGAAGCUGAGUGGGACCAGAUGGUCUCUAUUGACGGCCACCCAUGCACUUUUGGUCAGCCCAGCUGCUUAGAAGUGGGCGGUCGUUUGCCCGAGGGUUUCCAAGAGAACCAAGUCUUCGCACCGUCCCGCGACCCCAACAGCCCUCUCUGGAAGGCCAUCCUCGACGGCCUUGAGCUUUAUGGCUUCAAGGAAUGCGAAGUCACCAACAUCGUCCGCAUCCCAAUUGUCGUCCGGCGGAUCAACAAGGCAGUCGAGCAGCUGCCCCAAUGCGACUCUUCAGCACUGCACCGUCCCCAUGGACUUGUUGCUCUAGCCGGUGAUGCUGCCAUGACAGUGCACUUCUGGCCUGGUCGCGGUGCCAACUCAGGCAUGAAGGCCGGUAUUGCAUGGGCCGAUGAGGUUGCCCAAGCUCUGAACCGGGGCCACCUCGUCGGCCUCCAAGUCGGAUCUCUCGGAAUGUACGACGACUUCCUCCAGAAGCUGCAGCAGCGCGAGCACGGCGGCCGCAGCCUGCCCAUCGUCAAGCAGUCCGGCGACCCGAACAUGAUGGCCUGGCUGAUGGAGAACGCCCGCCUCAUCCCACACCACGUCGCCAUGGAGUGGCUCGUCGGCACAAUGCGCCGCGAUGCCGUUCGCAUUCAACAACGUCCAGACUGGGCUUUCGAACAGGAGACCAGCCUCGAGUACCAGCUCCGUGAUAUCCUGGAGAAGAUGGAUCCCAUUAGUCUUCAGGAGAUGGCCGCUACCUUCCCCUGGCCCACAAGGGAGAUGGCUGGAGCAGAGGUCAUGCCAAUGCGGUCGGUCGUUGAUGCUUGCCUCAGACAAGACGGCAGCAAGCAGAAGGAGAUUCUCAAGUUGGAGAAGGAGGCCAAGGCGAAGAGGCAAGAGCGGAAGAAGAAGUCUAAGAGCGCGGAGAUUACAAUGUCGGGAGCUGAUCUGUCUCCCGCCUUCUUGGCUACGAUGGCGGGAGCAACGAAGCCUGCGCCGCGACAACGGUCUUGGAGGCCGUUCAGCUUUAGCAGGACCCCGCAAAGUGUCCAGGGAUGA